CGCUUAAUUUGAUACCUACUUGCCGGAUCCACCAUUGAACUUGUCUAAGCUAGCAAAAAAAAAGGUAGGCACUAUACCCCAUGAUUCCCAGCUGGUUUAACAAAGAUAGCAAUUUGUUAAUAGAUAAUUAUUAACAAAUCUCUAGGGUAUGAAACACACAGCCGAUACUCAGACGUGCGUGACCCAUUCACGUGAUGAUAAAAACCUGACCUCAAAAGAGACGCCGCAUUGCCUUGGCUCUCCACUCCUUUCGCCUCCCCAAUCUCAUCCAUGUCGUCGCCAACGGUUCUGCCAGCCAAGGCGCGAAAGGUCAAGCGCGAAGAAGACAUUGACAUUGUACACGACUCGGACGAAGACUUCAAAGACCUGGAGCUUGCGAUCGACUUCGACCCCGAAGAUGUUUUUGACGAGGAGUCGCUUGACUUAGACACAACGCUUCUGGGCCAGAAGAUCUGGCUCUUGCGGUUACCACGCUACCUAUCGUCGAAAUGGAAGGGCAACGUUGAUAAGCUCUCGGGCCAGCAGAUCGGGAUGGUGCGGAUCAAGAAGUCGCUGAAGCCGAACGAACGGCCACGGGUGAAGUUGGAGAUUGACGACAUCAAGUUGAAGGAGCUUGAGAAGGAGAUCGAUGCGGUUAUCGAUAAAGAAAAGAGCAGCUAUGCAACCAACACACCGUCUACGGAGAUCCCCAGGGAGUACGACGUGAACAUUCUCAACUCCAAGGUGAUGAACCAGUACGUGUUUAACGAAAAAAACUUGGUCAACUACAAGGCUGAGUACCACGCGGUCAACCCAUUGCCUGUUCAGCCAGAUUUGCAACCGUUGACGGCCAAACAGCAGUACCAGAAGCAGCGCUUCCGCGCGUGGCAGCAGCGCCAGGACGAGGCGAUGCUGCGCAAGACGGGUGCCGUACCGUCGAUCGAGGACGACAAGCCCAUGAGACGGUACAUUCCGUUUGUCAAGACGAUUCCCAAGAAGACCAAGCUCUUGGGUGCGGUCGUGCACGACUGUCAGGUGAUGCCGUCACGCACGGACGCGCGGUUUGCAAACAUCAACCGCAUCACAAAGAUGAAGAUCCCGACGGUAAAGGUGCGCCCGAAGGUGACAUUAUUGGAGGAGGUUCCCGGGAUCACGCAGUCGAACGUGGGGCCGUCGUUACGUGGGGGGCAUGUCACCACCGGCUUUUUGCAGCGGAAAUCCGCCAAUACCAACGCCGACGGCACCGGAAGGGCCAUCAGAAUGCCCAAGACCGAUUUGCUAGACUUGUUGUUCCGUUUGUUUGAGGAGUAUGAGUAUUGGUCCAUGAAGGGCUUGAAAGAGCGCACCAGACAACCCGAGUCGUAUCUUAAGGAGAGCUUAGACAGCAUCGCCACGUUGAUCAAGAAGGGGCCAUACACGUCCAAGUAUACGUUGAAAAACGAGUACAAGAAGUUGCGGGAUCAGGAAAGGGCUGCCGACGGUGACAGACCUGUCCGGGUUCCUGAUGCUGAGGACAACGAGGAUGACGAUGUGGAAAUGGUUGAUAUUGCGUAGGGAUGUUGAAUAUAAUGAAAGGGUCAAGAAUAUAGUGUAAAACUGCAAACAGAGAGAGCCUUGAGGAAGGAAAGGCAGUUACUUUUAGAUAAUGCACCCAGCCCUUAUAAACUCGCAAGACAGCGAGAUAGAACAGAUACGGGUGGAUAGAUAGCUGUCACCCAUGCUAUCCGUUUGGGCGACGGCUGAUAAACGCUGAGUCGCGUUGAUAUUUGGGCACUAGCUACUUUUGAAAAUGUAGCUAGCUUGGAUAAUUUCUUCGAAUGACAGAGGCACCAUCCGUCAUCUCUCACAUAAGAAUGUAUUUAAGUUGUCCAUACCGGACGUUAAUCUUUGCAAAGUAUGGAUAGAGGGUAGGGUAUUUGAACAACCCACGGUUGGCCUUCAGCCCCUACAGCAUAUUAAUUCAUCGCCAAU